CCCUCCGUCUCUUUCAGUCGGCAGGGACCCAUGGUGACCAUGGUGGAAGAAAAGCAUCCGCUCUAGCAGCCGCGCCUCGCCAUAGCAACCGGGGCGUCAGCGCCGGCAGCCAAAUCCCGCGGCAGACCGAGGGGCGGCCCUGCCCCUCGGGGCUGCCCUCCCCUGCCCCCGGGGACUUGCGAAGGGCCGAGCCGGGGGGAGCCCCGCCGCGGUUUUGGGGGGGCAGCCUGGUGCCCGUCCCGUCGGGGCUCAAGGGACGGGCGGGGGCCGCGCCGCUGUCCGUGGUGCUGACGGGCCCCGCACCGCCCAGCCCCGACGGGGCGGGGAAGGGACAUCCCGCAGGGUGCGGGGAGGUGAAAGAAUGCGGGAGAAAGGAAGGCCCGAGGCGGCGGGGUCCUGAGGAGGGGACAGCCACAUGAUCUGCAUCCCACAUGACACAGAAAGAAACUGAUGGCAGCAGCCAGCCCUGCGAAACGUCAUUUUUUUUUCCUCUGUCAAAGAAGGGGGGUAGAAUGAUCACUCCUCUUCAACCAGAUUUGCAAAUAUCCGGGCAGAGGCAGCUACUGAUGUGAAUAUACUCCGUGGAUUCCAGUAUGACUGACACCUUCCCAGGGGUGCCUUCACUUGGGAUUACAAACAGAGAAAGGAUGAAACCAGCGCCUCUGGGAUUAAGCUUUGGAGCAGCCUGAGUAAGAGAGGUGGCCAUGUUUGCCCACAGCAUGGAUAACAGCAGCGGUCCUUUUGUUCUCCCUGCCUUAUUGCUCCUGCUGCAGAACAAGAGCUACUCCAAUGCCUCCAACCCUCCUGCUGGCCAUGAGAUGACGGAGUCACCCAUAGGACCCAGCUCAAGCAGGAACCACACUGCCCUGCAGUACAAACUGAAGCCGGGUGAACUAGCAGCAGCCAGCAUAGUUUUGGGAGCAUUGUGGCUCGUUUCUGUCUUUGGAAACUCCCUUGUGUGCUUAGUGAUCCACAGGAGCAGGAGGACACAAUCCACCACUAACUAUUUUGUUGUCUCCAUGGCUUGUGCAGACCUUCUCCUCAGUAUUGCAAGCGCACCCUUCGUGCUGCUCCAGUUUACCUAUGGCAGGUGGACACUGGGGAACGUGAUGUGCAAGCUGGUCAGGUACAUACAGUACCUCAGCCCUGGAGUCCAGAUAUACGUGCUUCUCUCUAUAUGUGUGGAUCGAUUCUACACUAUCGUCUAUCCCCUCAGCUUCAAAGUGUCCAGGGAGAAAGCCAAGAAAAUGAUCCUGGCCUCUUGGCUAUUUCAUGCCCUGUUUGCAUCACCGGCUUUCUUUUUCUACAGCUCCAACAGCAAUGACCACUGCAACUUUUUUCUUCCGGACUCUUGGGAAGGAGCCAUCUACAGUAUCAUCCACCUCUUGGUGGUAUUUCUCAUCCCAUCCACCCUCAUUAUCCUCUUCUACCAGAAGGUCAUCAAGUACAUUUGGAGAAUAGGUACCGGUGGCAUGACUGUCAGGAGGACAAUGAAUAUUGUCCCAAGAACAAAGGUGAAAACCAUCAAGAUGUUCUUAAUGUUAAACUCGGUGUUCCUCCUGUCCUGGCUCCCUUUUUAUGUGGUACAGCUGUGGCACCCACAGGAAACAGACUACAGAAAGAGCUCCUUGGUUUUCCUGGCCAUCACCUGGAUCUCCUUCAGUUCUUCAGCCUCUAAGCCAACCCUCUACUCCGUGUACAAUGCAAACUUCAGAAGAGGGAUGAAAGAAACUUGUUGCAUGUCCGCUAUGAAAUGCUACAGAAGUAACGCGUACACCAUCACCACCAGUUCCAGGAUAGCCAAAAAAAAUCACAUUGGGAUUGCAGAUAUCCCAGCUCCAGUGAAAACUGUCACCAAAGACUCCAUCUAUGAUGCUUUUAACAGAGAAGCCAAGGAAAAAAAGCUUGCCUGGCCUAUUCAGUCCAACCCUCCAAAUACGUUUGUCUAGUUGGCUUCAUUGCUUUGAAAAAUUAUUAUGUACCCCCAGAACAAAGAGCUUUCUCUCGGUUUUGAACCAUUGUAUGUUUACGUCUUUUUAACUCAACUUUUAGGGAAGAAAAAGAGAUGUUUUAUUUUAUUAAAUGCCUUGAUUUUGGUAUCUCAGGUCUGUUUCCUUUCAGUUACAUUCUGCUUUGUGAAACUACUCUAUCUGAAUCAGGAGCAUAACUGUUUCACAAAACAGAAAAGCUCUUAUACUCUUUGUACGUAGGCAAAAACGGGAGGGAAAUACACCACUUUUUAAAUUGCCUGUAUUUUGGCCACAGUGUAUAAAUGCAUGUAUCCACCAAAAGCCAUCUAUACUUCCUGAAACAGACAGCCUUUUUUUUUUUUUUCUUUGCAUUUAUCAAACUCAUCUAUAUGUACU